AAUACCGACAGUUAACGCCAGAGAGUGAUCCGCUCAAGAACUCACCAAAAACUUGACCGUACCGUAGGAGACCAGCCCACGUAUCAGCAGACCACUUCCUUCAGGUCGAGCUUUGCCGAGCUUUACACAUUUUCAGUCUUUAUCUAGCCACAGCGAUCGACGGGUACUCAAGAAAUUGGAUUUAAAGUGCUCAUCAGAACAGCAGCAUCAGCUUCCAGUCGUACCAGUUGAGGUACGGAGACGAACUGAGACGGAAAAGCUGAAAGACCGGGAGAGGGCAAAUACGCAAUAGCGCAUUGUCUUCGAGAUUGGUGGGGAGAUUGAGAAAAAGAAGGUGAGGUCGCAUUUUGAGGAUCAUCCCAAGAUACCCGAUUGCAGGGUAUAGUUUUCGCUACAUUGUAUUAUCGUAGCUGGAAUUGAAGUGCCCGUUUUAGUAGCCAGCUGAUCACUUCUGUACCAUCGGCAAUUAGGAUCAGGCUGACGUGAUUUCCUCCCGCUUAUAAACGGACAGUUGGAAUCCAAAGCACACGAAGCUACGCUGAUCGCUAGCGGCAUCUACCCUCGUCACUACCAUCAGCGAAAACCUUACCACCACAUUCACAUUUCACCGCACGCACAACCGGCGUAUUGCCACUACCAUAUUUCCUUACCACCUCUAUAAGCACUGCGAUACUCCAGGCCUAAGGAGAGGUGGUUCAUAAAAUGAAUAACAAUGAUAAGUCAGUCGAGAGCGGGAACUCCGCCGAGGAGGAAGACGAGAUGAUCGCGACAGAGCGGGAGUUAGCUGAGGACGCUAAGUGGAAGAGAAUCCAACAGAACACAUUCACCAGAUGGGCGAACGAGCAUCUCAAAUGUGCCAGUAAAACGAUUGGGGAUCUCGAGACCGAUUUGUCGGACGGGCUGAGACUGGUUACACUGAUCGAGGUGUUGUCCCAGAAGAAACUACCGAAGCACAACAAACGACCUAACUUUCGUUCCCAGAAGCUUGAAAAUGUAUCGGUUGCCCUCCAGUUCCUCAGCGAUCAGGGAAUACGCAUCGUUAACAUUGAUUCCUCGGACAUUGUGGACUGCAAGUUGAAGCUCAUAUUGGGACUGAUAUGGACCCUGAUUCUGCACUACUCAAUCUCCAUGCCAAUGUGGGAUGGCGACGAUGGCGAGAGUCCGGAUAAAGGAACCACACCAAAGCAACGGCUUAUGCACUGGAUCCAAGCGAAGGUCCCAGACUUACCGAUCGGUAAUUUCACGUCGGACUGGAACGACGGUAGGGCGGUUGGAGCACUCGUGGAUGCGGUUGCACCCGGACUUUGCCCGGACUGGCAAGACUGGAACCCCAAAGACGCGGUUCAAAAUGCAUCGGAAGCGAUGGGUCUGGCAGACGACUGGCUCAAUAUACCUCAGCUAAUCAAACCGGAGGAGAUGGUGGAUCCCAACAUCGACGAGAUGUCAAUGAUGACCUACUUAUCGCAAUAUCCCAACGCGAAGCUGAAGCCUGGCGCACCUCUGCGGGCGAAAACCAACCCAAACAGAGUCCGUGCUUAUGGUCCUGGUAUCGAACCGACUGGACCCGUUGUUGGUGCCCCAGCAAAUUUUACCGUGGAAACAUUCUCUGCCGGUAAAGGAAACGUUGAAGUAAUCGUCGAAGACCCCAAGGGAGCUAAGAUUCCGGCUGACGUCAGGUUCAACAAGGACAGAAAUCUCACCUACGCUGUAUCCUACACUCCUAAGGUGGAGGGUCCUCAUAAGGUGAAGAUUCAAUUCGCCGGAAGAGCUAUUCCCAAGAGUCCUUACACCGUCAGCGUUGAAGGUCACGCCGGGGAUUCCACUAAGGUUACAGCUAGCGGUCCUGGACUGCAGCCCGACGGCGUGGCAAUCAAUCGACCGACCUUCUUCGACAUCUUCACCAAAGAAGCUGGGCGUGGGGUGCCAGAAGUGAUUAUUCUGGAUCCUCAGGGUUCAAAGACUUCUGUGCCAGUAAAACUCCGUCAAACGUCUCCCGAUGUUUGGCGCUGUGAGUACGUCUCACCGGUAGUUGGACUUCAUUCGGUGAACAUCUUCUUUGCUGGCAAACCAAUACCGGGGAGUCCACUUGGCGUACGUGUGUCGCCUGUUUCCGAUGCAAACAAAUGCCGCGCUUACGGCAGAGGGCUUCAACCGAAAGGUGUUCGCGUCAAAGACGAUGCGGACUUCAAAAUUGUCACUAAGGAUGCUGGAGAAGGAGUCCCAGAAGCACGGGUGAUCGGGCCAGGUGGUGCCAACUUGCCAGUAAAGCUCAUGAAGAUAGACGCCACGACCUAUCAUUGCAAUUACAGUCCAGUAAAGGAAGGUCGACAUGUGGUGAUGGUCACUUUCGGUGGCAAGGAGAUCAACAAGUCUCCAUUUGAGGUGAACGUUGGUCCUUACAAGGAAUCCGCCAUCAGAGUGUUCGGACCAGGACUACACGGAGGAGUCGUUGGAUACCCAGCGAAAUUUACAGUCGAUACUAACGGCGAGACUGGGAGUCUUGGAUUUUCUAUCGAGGGUCCAUCGAAAGCGAAGAUAGACUGUCACGACAACGGAGACGGAACGGCAGACGUCACCUAUUAUCCUACCGCACCCGGGCAAUACUCUGUACACAUCAAUUGCGACGACGAGGAUAUUCCAAAGUCUCCGUACAUGGCAGAAAUCCUCCCGAAGGUCGACUAUGAUCCGGACAAGGUCGAGGUGCACGGUCCGGGAGUCCACCCUGAUGGCGUAGACCGCGAUAAGCCGACCCACUUCACGGUGGAUUGCAAAAAGGCUGGAAAAGCACCGCUAGAAGUAGCAAUUCAGGAUGCUCUCGGACGACAAGUUCCGGUUCGUUUAGACGACAAGCGGGACGGAACAAUCCAGGCUCAUUACACACCCACCUCAGGUUCACAGCACAAUAUUCAGGUCAAUUACGGUGGAGUUGGGACCAAGAAGUCACCUUAUAGAGUCAGCGUUGCUGCUCCGCUGAAUCCAGCGAUGGUCCAAGCCUUUGGCCCAGGUCUUGAUAAAGGCAUAAAGUCGAAUACCCCGACACACUUCAACGUAGACUGCAGAGAAGCUGGUCCAGGUGAGCUUGACGUCACAAUGGCGACUCCUGAAGGUCGUGACUUGCCAAUCACUUUGACUGACAACGAGGAUGGCACUUACACCGUUGAUUACGUCGCCCCGCAACCCGGAAACUAUACAGUCAAUCUUAACUACGGAGGCUUGAAAGUUCCAAAAUCACCGAUCAAGGUCAACGUACAACCUCAUGUAGAUGUUUCCAAGAUCAAGGUCGACGGAUUAGAGCCCACCGCACCGGUGAACAGUCUUCAACAGUUUCGUGUAAUAACCCAAGACGCUGGGAAGGCCGAUGUUCAAGUAGCGAUCACAACGCCAUCAGGAAACCGUGUAAAGGCUCACAUCAUACCAACUCACGAGGGUUUCUUAGUAAACUUCACGCCAACUGAGCUUGGGGAAUAUCUGCUUGGUAUUAGUUUCGGCGGGGAGCCAAUAUCUCCUCAACCAUGUCGCCUGACGUGCGUUCACGGGAGCGAUCCAUCUAAGGUCAGAGCGAAAGGCCCAGGGCUGUCGCAUGGCGUGGUUAACAAACCCGCAGAGUUUGUGAUUGAUACUAGGGGUGCUGGGCAAGGUGGCCUAGGCGUUACAGUCGAAGGGCCCUGCGAAGCUGCCAUCAAUUGUCGCGACAAUGGCGAUGGCACUUGUUCCGUAGCCUACCUUCCCACAGAGCUUGGAGACUACGGUAUCAACAUCACUUUCAAUGACCAGCAUAUACCGGGCUCACCAUUCCAGGCGUUAGUCGUACAAGAAGCUGACCUUUCCAAGAUCAAGGUGUCUGGCAACGGCAUUCAACCUCACGGUCUCUACGUCGACAGCGCCACCGACUUCAUUGUUGAUACACGAGCGAUAGCAAAGACCAAGGGUGACGAUGGUAAGGUCUCGUGCACCAUCACAAAUCCCAGCGGUGGAAAGACUGAGAAAGUGAUAACGCCGCAAGCGGAUGGAACCCUGCGAGUUAGUUAUACGCCGUUCGAAGAAGGUCAGCACACGAUUGAUAUCCUCUACGACAACAUGCCGAUUCCCGGCUCGCCGUUUUCAGUGAACGUGAAGCGCGGGUGCGAUCCCAGUAAAUGCAGAGCCUACGGUCCCGGCCUGGAAAAGGGUUUCGUUGCCAAACCCAACCAGUUCACUGUAGAAACUAAAGGGGCGGGAACUGGAGGACUUGGGCUCGCAAUUGAAGGAACAAGCGAGGCCAGGAUGACAUGCAAGGACAAUUAUAACGGGUCAUGCAGCGUUGAGUACGUGCCAACGGAACCAGGCGACUACGAUAUCGCAAUAAAGUUUGCAGAUCAGCACAUUCCGGGCUCUCCGUUCAAGGUUCAGGUUGAAAAGACAUUAGACCCCAAGGAAGUCACUGCCUUCGGCCCUGGUUUGGACCCUGAGAAGGUUCGUGAAGGCAUUCCGGCUAAAUUCAUGGUCGAUACUUCCAAGGCUGGCAUCGCACCGCUGGACGUGAAGUUGAAAACGGACAAGGGAACGAUACAGAAACCGGAAAUCAAAGACGUUGGAGAGGGAGUCUAUGAGGUUACUUACCAGCCUCCACCGGUUGGCAGCAAUGUUCAAGUUGGAGUCACUUAUGGCGGGCAAGAUAUCGCCGGGAGCCCCUUCAAAGUGAAGGUCAAUCCAUUGGUUGAACCGAGCAAGGUCGUUCUAUCCGGACCCGGAGUAGCGCCGAAGUUGUUGGCAUCAUUCCCCACCGAGUUUUUCGUCGACACCCUGAACGCUGGCUACGGUGACCUGGAAAUUCAAGUAUUGGGGCCCGAUCAAAGACCACGAAAGGUCGAGAUUCAGGAUAUCGGUAAUGGCAAGUACAGGGCUUCCUAUCUUCCCGACGACUGUGGCGCCUACAAGGUGAACGUUAAGUACGGCGGUAAGGAGGUGCCGGGCUCACCGGUAACCGUUCAAAGUCAGUCAACCGGUUCCGCAAACCAGUGUAAGAUCAAAGAAGGAAUUCAACGUACAUUGGCUCAGGGAGAAGAGUAUUGCAUCACCGUCGACACCGAGAAUGCUGGUCGUGGAGCAGUCACUUGCCGAAUUCGUUCAACAUCUGGAAGUGAGGCUGUCGAUAUUGAUAUUGAGGACAAUGGUGACGGGACUGUCAACGUCUACUACAAAGUUGCCGAUGCUGGUGAAUACACUCUGAGCAUCAAAUUCGGCGGUCAACCAGUUCCGGAAGGAUUUUACACUUUCGUGGCAUCGGAGCAAUACCAGGAGCAUAGCAGCAGCCAGAAAAGUCACAGGAGAAAACGCUCGCAGCAGCACGUUGUUGAGCAAAGAAGCACGAGUAGCUUACAAGAGAGUUCUUCUGUAACGACAAAACGCAGCAGUACCCAAAAGGAUUCGUCAAAGCAUAAAUUCCGUGACGUUGAACUCAAUCACAUACCUCUUCCUUCAACCGGCGGCGUAGUAACCUCCGAAGUCAAAAUGCCGAGUGGAAACGUGGAUAAGCCCGAAGUCGAGGAUAACAGAGACGGAACCGUUUCCGUCAAGUACGCGCCUCGGGAGGAAGGCCUGCACGAAGUGUACAUCAAGUUUAACGGCGAACAUGUCCAAGGCUCUCCCUUUAAAUUCCACGUCGACUCUUUGUCAAGCGGAUACGUGACCGCUUACGGCGCGGGUCUCAGCCACGGCGUGUGCGGUGAACCAGGAAACUUCACCAUUUCUACAAAGGGUGCUGGUGCUGGAGGACUUUCUCUGGCAGUCGAAGGACCUAGCAAAGCUGAGAUCUCCUGUCACGAUAACAAGGAUGGAACCGUGUCAGUCUCAUAUCUGCCAACUGCUCCUGGAGAAUAUAAGAUUUCGGUCAAAUUUGCGGACAAGCACAUCAAAGGCAGUCCCUACGUUGCAAAGAUCACAGGGGAAGGUCGAAAGAGGAACCAGAUAUCCGUCGGUUCUUCGAGCGAGGUGACACUGCCCGGCAAAGUUUCCGAUGAGGAUAUCCGCGCCUUGAACGCUUCUAUCACAGCACCAAGUGGGUUGGAGGAGCCAGCGUUCCUGAAGAAGUUGCCAAGUGGAAACAUGUGCGUUUCCUUCACGCCGCGAGAGUCCGGUGCUCAUACCGUAGCGGUUAAGAGAAUGGGGAAACACAUCCCCAAUUCGCCGUUCAAAAUUGACGUAAAAGACCGAGAAGUCGGAGAUGCGAAGAAGGUUAAGAUAAGCGGAAACGCAUUGAAGGAAGGUCAAACUCACGUCGACAACACCUUCUCGAUCGACACAAGGAACGCGGGUUUCGGAGGCCUCUCGCUGUCUAUGGAAGGGCCUAGCAAGGCGGAAAUUCAAUGCAAGGAUAACGACGACGGCACAUUGAACAUUUCCUAUAAACCUACGGAACCAGGAUACUACAUAAUGAACCUGAAGUUUGCCGAUCACCACGUGGAAGGGUCUCCGUUCACGGUCAAGGUAUCAGGGGAAGGAAGCAACCGUCAACGUGAGAAGAUUCAGCGGCAGAGAGAAGCGGUGCCCAUCACCGAGGUUGGAAGCCAGUGCAAGCUGACUUUCAAGAUGCCCGGCAUCACCUCCUUCGAUCUUGCUGCAACUGUCACAUCGCCGGGCGGAGUAACGGAGGAUGCGGAGAUAAAGGAAGUCGAGGACGGUCUUUACGCUGUUGCUUUCGUUCCGAAGGAACUCGGCGUUCACACUGUUUCUGUCAAGUACAAGGAGAUGCAUAUUCCGGGCUCACCUUUCCAAUUCACCGUUGGCCCGCUCAGGGAUGGUGGUGCCCAUCGGGUCCAUGCCGGUGGUCCGGGUCUUGAGAGAGGUGAGCAGGGUCAACCAUGCGAAUUCAACAUCUGGACACGGGAGGCGGGAGCAGGUACCUUGGCCGUGUCGGUUGAGGGUCCUAGCAAAGCGCAGAUCGAUUUCAAAGACCGAAAAGACGGAAGCUGCUACGUUAGCUACACAGCGUCGGAACCUGGCGAAUAUCGGGUUGGAAUCAAGUUCAACGAUCAACACAUCCCUGACUCGCCCCACAAAGUAUACAUCUCCCCAGCGGUCGGCGACGCUCAUAAACUAGAGGUGGCACAGUUUCCCGACAGUGGAGUGCAGCCUGACAAACCAGCGACCUUCCUAGUUCGCAAAAAUGAUGCUAAGGGUGAAUUGGACGCCAAGAUCGUUUCCCCGAGCGGAAUCGAAGACGACUGUUUCAUCCAGUCGAUCGAUUCGGAAACUUACUCAGUGAGAUUCAUGGCACGGGAGAAUGGAAUACACAACAUUCACCUCAAGUUCAACGGUGUUCACAUACCCGGUAGCCCGUUCCGUAUCAAGGUCGGCAAGGUAGACGCAGACCCUGCGGCACUUCACGCGUACGGAAAUGGCUUGACGGAAAUAAAGACUGGUCAGAAGACGGACUUUAUCAUUGAUACUUGUAACGCUGGUGCCGGGGCACUUGCAGUAUCGGUUGAUGGGCCUAGCAGAGUCGCGAUGGACUGCACAGAGGUUGAAGAAGGUUACAAGGUUAGAUACACUCCGCUGGUACCGGGUGACUACUACAUCAGCAUCAAGUACAAUGGUUACCACAUCGUCGGAUCGCCGUACAAGGUUCCAUGCACUGGUGCCGACCUGGCUGAAAGGGGGGCGCAAGAAACUAGCUCAGUCGUGGUUGAGACCGUACAAAAAAUCUCCAAGUCAAAGAACGUUGGACCAGUUCUUCCGCUCUUCAAGUCCGAUGCUUCGAAGGUGACCAGCAAGGGUAUGGGUCUGAAGAAGGCCUACCUCGGCAAGCAGAAUCAAUUCACCGUUCACGCCGGUGAUGCCGGCAACAACAUCUUGUUCGUCGGGAUUCACGGUCCCAAAGGACCCUGCGAAGAGGUUUACGUCAAGCAUACCGGAAGACACAAUUACAACGUAAGUUACCUUGUCCGUGAACGUGGUGACUACAUCGUCCUCGUUAAGUGGGGCGACGAUCAUAUACCUGGUUCACCCUACAAGGUUGAGGUGUAAAGUUAAACCCUACGCCGGUAAUGCAUCUUAAGUAUAUCAUGAAAUCAAGUCAAUUUGUAAAUACAACAGCAACUCCCUACGUAUGUCUAUACUCAGGCCUAUGAUCACAGUGUCUCGGUGCUUGAGUCAAACGAAACUGCUCCAAUAUUUUUCAAAUUUAUUUCGUGGAGCAUGUCGCAAGUGUUUUAUAUGUUUUUUCACAGCGUCUUUCAGAAUUUCAUCCUCAGUAAUAAUGCAAAAGUAGUGAUAUUCUAUCGUUCAACCACCGAGCACAUGACCAUUGACCUAAUUUUUAAAGUGUUCUACAAGGCGACCAAGUCGAAAUUAUUUACAAAGAGAAAUAUGACCGAAUCAUUCUGUUAGCAUAGUUAACUCGCCUGAUCGUUCACCAUUCAUCAUCAAGCCACGGAUCGUGCCUUAAUUUGAUUUUAUUCUACUGUAGAGUAACCUGUUCGUCUAUCAUACCAUAUUAUGCGAAUCAAGUCGUAUUUGCAAUAAAAUGCGUAAUAACUAUAUGAUAUCAAUUUACCACAUACAGAUAUAUGAAAAUACAUUACAUACAUAUGAAUUAUAUUAUACAAUAAUAUAGAAAUAAACUAAUAUAUUUAUUAA